AUGUUUGUGGCAGCUGUAGUUGAAACGAAAAGAAGAAAUGUAGCACAUUUAAAGCCAACAUUGGGGAUUGAAAAAGGAAAAGAUGUGAUUUCACCAAUGUCAGGCUAUUGGUUGGUAAUUCAAAUGGUGGUUACCGGUAUCUCAGAAGGGUUUGCUGUAAUCGGGAUUGUUGAAUUUUUCUACGAGCAGUUUCCAAAAAACAUGAAGAGUUUUGCGGGUUCUUUCUUCUAUUGUGGGUUUGCUAUGUCAAGUUAUUUGAGCAGUAUCUUGAUAUCAAUUGUUCAUAGAACGACUAAUGAAGGUUUGGCAAGAAAUUGGUUAGCUCAAGAUUUAAACAAAGGGAAAUUAGAUUACUUUUAUUACUUAUGCAUGGGGUUGGAGGUGUUGAACCUUAUAUACUAUUUGAUGGUGGCAAAAUGGUAUAAAUACAAAGGAAGCGGAGAUGAAACCAUUGACGUCCCACUAGAAGACAUGCCAACUACCUACAAACAUGUCGUCUAA